UAUAGUCAUGUGAUUGAAACAAACCGAAGCGAAGACGGGCAAUACUUUCGUAAACAAAGAAUCCAAAUCUUCCUAAAGUGAAACAAAUUGUAGUUUUUACAUUGAAACAUUUGAAAGGUGAGCGAAAUUCUUCUUAUGUAAAAAUGUUAUUAAAUUCAUAAUUCGUAAACAAACGUAAUUUUGUAUUUUUGAUUUUGUAUUGAACACGAUCGGUUGAACGGCGCCCAUAUUUGUUCGUCAUUUUGCGGCGAAUUUGGAAGUUUGCUUGUCAUUUUUAUAAGCUAAUUGCUUUUAUAUUUUAAAUCAUACCAAAUAUACAUCGUUUGUCAGCGUUUCAGCGAAACAACAACAGGAAAUUGAACGGCUCAUGCGAGUGUUCUAUUCACAAAAAUACGUCAAAGAAUUUCUACAGCAUUGACAUUGUACAUAUUAUAUUCCUCUGUACUUUAUGUUUUGAAAGUUCGACUAUAAAGUCAACACAUAAUUUAUAGAACGAAAGAAUUCAAAACCUGCCUGGCUGGUCUGCUGCCUAAAGACCCUAAUAUCAAUAUUGGCUAAUCUUUUCUUUCGCCAAUAAAUUAGAAUAAAAAUGCUGAAUUGAAUCGUCCUAAUUGUUUCAUUUCCUUUUUUGGUGAUUUCGCGUCAUAGAAAUAAUAGAUAAUAGGUCUAAUAUACGGCUUCGCGACACAGGCACUCAAAGAAUGGGGGCAAAUCACGUGACCAGAUCUCCGCACCUUUAACAUUUGAUAAAGGUGCAACACUAUAGUCAUGUGACUGAAACGAACAGGAACAAAGACGGACGAAUUCUUUCGUAAAUAAACGAAUUCAAAUCUUCCUGAAGUGAAACAAAUUGUGGUUUUUACCUUGAAACAUUUGAAAGGUGAGCGAAAGUCAUCUUUUUAAAAAUUCUAUUAAGUUUGUAAUAAACAACUGUAAUUUUGUAUUGAACAAGAACUGUUGUAAGUAACAAUGGCCAUGUUUGUUCGUCGUUCUGCGACGAAUUUAGAAGUUUACUUACCAUUUAUUAAAUUUAUAUAAACUAUAAAGUGCUUUUGUAUUUUAAACUACUCCAAAUAUACAUCGUUUGUGAAUGUUUCAACGAAACAAAGACAGAAUAACAACAGGCGAGCACAUACGAGUGUCUAUUUACAUAAAUACGUCGAAAGAAUUUCUACGCCGUUGACACACAUUAUAUUCCUCUGUACUUUGUGUUUUGAAAAUUCGACUAUAACGUCAACAGCACUAUUUUAGUAGACGUUUACUUAAUUUAGAGAACGAAAGAACUGUAAUAAUACUUAAAUUCAACACAAAGCAAAGUUAAAGGUGUGCAUUUUUUACUCGGCAGACUGCCAGUAAAAAUAUGUAAAUUAAUUUAUUAUUAUUGAGUGCCUUGUUUGUGAGGUUAAAUUUUGAAAAACUACACUCUGUUUUUCGGAUAUGGAACCAUGUGAUAAGUGAAAGUUUAAACUAUUUUGAGCCGGAUUUAAUUUUAAAACUUUGCUUAGUCUUGGGAUCGAUAAAUCUUUAGUUAUAAAUGUGUAUCUGGGCACAAUGCCAGACAAGUAGUAACUUGAUACGGCCUUUAGCGGCAUAUUAAGAUUUAAGAGAUGCACUUUUCUCCAAUGAGGACAAGACGUUGCCUGCUAUUUUGGUCUAUAAAGCACAUGCCAUAGCAUUAUUUGCCAAUAAAGCUAGCCGUUUUGCAAGGACCAUAGGCAAGGACAAAUGAGCAAUUUUUCCCCCACAUUAGCAUGCGUUGCCAUAUUGGCCUCUACUAAACUCACACGGACGUCACAAGCUAUAGUACAAACGUCAAGUGGCAUUUCCGGACGGAACAAAGUCUCUCUAUUGGUUGAAAAUGAAUAUGUAAACAAGCUCUUUAAUGGUCACAAACUCUUGUAUGCUGCACUGUGCCAUUGUGGAUAAUUGGAAUUUGGAAAUUUGUCAGGGGGAGUUUAAACAUAUUUCAUUUGAGUUUAAGCUGAAUUGGUUAAUAUAUAAACUGCAUUAAAAUACACAACAGCUUGCCAGGAUGUCGGAUAACUCGGAGCAAGAAACGUUACUGGAAAUGGUAAUAUAAAAGGCUUUGUUUCAUCAAAGGCAUUAAUUAAAGCUUGCUGUAUAAGUUGUAUCCAUUUGUCACAGUUUGUUAGAUCGUUAGUGGUUAAUAAUUAAUCCAUUAAGCCACAAUCUGCCCUGCACACAUAACAAUCUUGCACCUUGUUGACAGGUUGUUGGCUCAAAAACGUUGUAGCAAACUUGUUAACAACAAGCUUGGUCUGGUUGUCACAAACGUCUGUGAUCUAGUUGCUUAGCAAGUUUGUCACAAUUACAUCUCCAAACAAGCAGUGUAUGGACGCAUGAAAUCCUGAUAUCGGCAUAUAACAGCAUUGCAGCAAGUUUGCUGUUGUGUACGUGUUUCUAUGCAUGUAAUAGACCUUUUUAUUUUUUCUCUGCUUAAAAGCCAGCGACCCUUGGGAAUAUAUGGGCUGACCAAACUAUCUUCCCAUAUGUGCCCUACUUUAUUAUUCCAUUCUGUUCUAUACCAGAUAAUUUUGUUUGGUAGAGGGGAAUGGUAUUAAUCAGUCAAUAAUGGGUCAACAUAAUAAUGGACAAGGGUUUUAUCUAGAAACCAUUAAAGAUGGACAACAUUGGCAUGGACUCUGUGACCAAGACCAGAAAAGCAAUUAUUGGUAUCCAAGGAAUGACAUGUCACUCAUGUGUAAAACAAAUUGAACAGAACUUGGGUGAACAACCUGGAGUAAUAUCCAUCAAGGUUUCAUUGAGUGACGAGGAAGGAACUGUCAUCUUUUCUUUGUCAAAAACCAAUGCUGAUAGGCUGGUCCAGGAAAUUGAGGAUUCAGGUUUUGAUGCAUCGUUGAAGUCUGUUGUUGAAGUUGAACAUGAGGAACAGUUGACGAGUGAAGUAAAUGACAAGAAUAUGGUAUCCACUGAGUUGCAUGGAGGUAUAUUUGAAAUUAUCAUUCUUGGUUUUCUAGAUAAAUAAAGCAAUAUGGUUGGCUAAUAACAUGCCAUUUUUAUUUGCACUAAUUUGGUAUUUUACUCUAUCUAAUGCUAGCUAUGUUUUAAUGGUUUAACUUGUGAAGGAGAGCAUCAAAACUCAACCAAACUCCCCUAAAGACUCCUAUCUUGUUAUUUUAGGGGCCAUUCACAAAGGAUGUCCGGCCAAAUGAUGGAUUUUCAGACCCCCCUCCCCCCCCCCUUGUCCGUCAUUGUCCGAAUUAGUAACCCCCCCUCCCCCCGGACAUCCGCCAUGCCUCGCAAAAACUCAUGCAAUCUUGUAUAUAUCAAGAGUAAAAAACUUUUACUUUUAGAACUUUUUUAUAACUGUAAAUGUGAACACAAAAACAUAUAAAUUACUAGUGUUAACAAAAUCUAGUGUUAACCGCAUAGUCAAAAUGCCAAUUUCACAAUGGGAAAGACUGGUCAAAAUAUAGGGAAAAAAGAAAUUUGUUUUUGAAUUUUUUUAAAUUUCGGACAUUCGGAUUGCUAACCCCCCCCCCCCCCUAUGUCCGAGUUUGUCCUGAUUUUCCAAACCCCCCCCCCCUCGGCUCGGACAUCCUUUGUGAAUGGCCCCUACACUAAUGUGAGAUCACUCUACUCAUCAAGGGGAAUAUUUGGGUGCAUGUUAAAUAUAGGUUAACCAUCUGCCCAAGUCUUGUGUGUACUGUGUACCCAGUGAAUGAUAUAUUCAGUUCACUGUCUUUACCUUGCAGUCAUUAAUGAUCCACCUUAAAGUGGCCUACUUGGUUAUUUUGCUGUUUACUACUAGACAAUUUUGACCUUAUCAUGGGAGACUCUUGUACAAUUAUUUUAUUAUUUUUAGAUGAGAGUAAGCUAAUUGUGUCUGCAAAUAAUGAAGAAGAAACAAUACCUCACACUGCCAAAGUAUUUUUGAAAGUUAAGGGAAUGACAUGUGCCUCGUGCGUUUCACUCAUUGAGAAGUCUCUGAUUAAGAAACAUGGUAAAGUACUAAAUUGGUAUUUCAUGAAUUGAAAACCUGGCUGGCUGAGUAGCUGGCAGGUUGGGUGUCUGGUUCAGUUGUCAAGUGGCUGACUGGCUGGUCAAUUAGCUGGCAAGUUGGCUUGUUGAACUGUCAGCUAGUUUAAACUGGUUGGUUGUCCUAAUGAUUUAAACGAUUGCUGGCUGGUUUAUUAAUUGGUCUACUUGCUGGCUAGUUGAUAACUAGUCAACCAGCAGGCAUGUUGGCUGGAUGGUCUGCUUACUGGUCAUGUAACCAACUUAAACUGGGUGGUUGGUUUGUUAGCUCGGCAAGCUGAUCAGCUACUGCAUGACAGCUAGAACUUCUGGCUAUAGCUGGUCAGACAGAUUAAGAUUGGUUGGUUGUUUGGCCUACUAGUUGGUUGAUCAGUAGAGUACUACGUAGGUAUACACAGUACUCUUGCUAUCUGCGUACAGUACAUUUUAAUGGUACCAUUUAACCACCAAAAUUUUCAAGCUCAGUGUAUUCAAAAAUCGUAAUUAAGUAGUUUUAUGUGUAAAUCCGACCUGCUUUGGCAUGAAACAUGAUUGGAGGGAUAUCCGAUUGGACUGAUAGGACAAGAUAGGACUGAGGAACGUUUCUGAGUUUGUAUAUGCAAAUCUGUUCCUCCUCCAGACUGUAAUGUUUGGGAACGCGUACGUUCCCCGCGCAGAAUUUUUGUCCGCGCAUUUUCAAGAAAAUCCUUACAAAAUCUGCAUAUUUUUGAUGAACUAAUGAUUUAUUCUAUCUCUUAUGUGUUGGGCCUUGCUAGAAUAGUUAGAGAAAACUCUGAAAAUUCCAUUUCCGACGAUCCAGAGACUCCAAAUUUUCGAAAUUUUUCCGCUCAACGCCAAUCAUGGUGGCACUUUAACUGUGGACAUCGAGACGGACAUUAUGCAACCAUUCUCAAAUGGUUUUUUUUCCUUUUAUUGCCCAUAUAUUAUAACAUAUAAAUAUUUACAUUGAAAAAAAAUUUAGAUUAAUGUUAUGGUAGGGGCCUACCAGAAACCUUAACAGGCUUUUAUUUAAGACCCCUAUAGUUAUAAAAUUUAGAUGCUAGUUCUAACUACAGACUAUACAGUCAACCAAAUUUAAAAUAUAUUACAAUAAGUAUUAUAGUUAAAAGAAAAGAAAGAGAGAAAAUGUGAAAGCUAUUUACAGCAUAAAGUGUUACAUUGUACAUAUUAUUUGAUUAAUUACUUGAUAUUUGAAGGAAGUGUUCUUUUAUAGUAUUUUUGAAAGUAUUACGAGAAGUUAUAUUUUUAAAAUGACAUUCAAGUCCAUUCCAAACAUCGACUCCUUUAUUUGAAAGAGUAUGUUUUACAUAGUUCGUUCUUUUGUAUGACUUGUGGAGUUGUGUUUUAUUUCUUGUAUUGUGUUGGUGGAUUUGAUCAUUGGUCACAAAGUAAUCAGUGAAUACCUCUGGUAGAUUUUUGGCAUAGUGAUAUCGAAACAUAAAUAGACUUAUUAAAUAGUCAUUAAUUUUAUAAAUAUCUAGAAAUUUUAAAUCUUUAAAAAUUGGUUCGCUAUGUGCCAAAUAAGAGUUGAAAGUCAUAAGGCGCACAAUUUUUUUUGGAAUAUUCAUAAGUUUUUGGAUUCUUCUUUUUUUUGUAGGUAUUACCCCAGAUUAUAUUUCCAUAGAUAAGAUAUGGAUAGACUAAAGCAUAGUAAAUAAGCUUAAGAGCAAAUAAGCUUCUGUAUGUUUUGCUUAUGUAUGUUCUUAUGCUCAUUUCCGCGCAACUGCCAGUUACGACGGAAAAGUUCCCCGCGCAAAAAUAAUACUUUACAGUCUGGCUCCUCCUUGUCUUAUCUCGUAGUUUGAUUUAUUAAAGAACGAUACAGUUCUAUAGAGCACUAUUACACUUAUGUGUGGUAUAUUAACUACAAUUGAUCCAAUACCAGAUUAUAAUAUUAGUGUACUUCCGGUGCAUAAGUACGCGAAUUAUCACACCGUUGGAUUAUAGAACAUGCCUUCAACGUUUAUUCAAGGUGUACAUAGUUUUCUUGAAAGGUUAACGCUAUUUAAAUCGUGCCACGCGCGCUUUACUGUUGUUGUGCAAUUUCCAAUUUCUCCAACUAUUUAGGUAUAACUUCUGCUCUGGUUGGGUUACUGGCACAGAAAGCAGAAGUGAAGUAUGACCCAACACAGAUUAGUCCAGAACAGAUUGCAGCAGAAAUUGCCAUUGUUGGUUAUGAAGCUGUGGUGGUUGGCGGUGAUGAUGAAAAUGCUGAAAUAGAUUUAUUGGUAGGUUAAAGCAAAUCUUCAUAUUCAAACGAAUUUCUUGCAGCUGUUUAACAUUUCCUGCGAGCAGUGCUCCCGUGCUCGCCUAUUUUUUCCACCCCUGUGGUACAGAUUCAUAUACAGUAGAUCUAUGUGUUCGAAGAUCAGCUCUGUUGAAACCCAGGAUAUGAGUUUUCACUUUUCCCAGAGCUUAAGGCAUGCGUAUGUUUUUCUUUUUUUUUUAGAUAAAAGGAAUGACUUGUGCAUCAUGUGUUUCAAUGAUUGAGUCAACCUUGAUGAAACGAAAUGGGAUCCUUCAAGCGUCUGUUUCUUUAGCUGCACUAAAAGCCCAUAUCUCAUACCAGUCUGACAAAAUUGGCCCCAGGGAUAUCAUGGAGGUUGUGAAUGAGCUCGGUUAUGAAGUUGAACUGGCGGACAAUAAGAAUGCUCGGGAGCAUGUCAGUCACAAGUCGGAAAUAGCAAAGUAAGUCAACAAAAUGUCUAACUUCUCUGCAAGAUUAUACAAUACACUCUUUCGAUAAUUACGUUACAACUACACUGUUUUCAACCUAGGACCACCUUAAAUGGAAAGGAUUUCAAGUUUUUUUCUCAUGGGCUAUGCACAGAGAAGCAGAACAUCCUUCUUCAACACAUGCAUGAAAAAUAAUUCUUUAUUUUGGCCAAUAAAUGUAGAAAUAAGCUUUAACACGAAAACGAGGCUAGCCUCGUUUUCGUGUUGAUGCUUAUUUCCAUAUUUAUUGAUCAAAAUCCAAAAUUUUUUGCAUGCAUGUGUUGAAGAAGGAUGUUCUGCUUCUCUGUGCAUAGCCCAUGAGAAAAAACCUUGAAAUCCUUUCCAUUCAAGGUGGUCCUAAGUUGAAAACAGUGUAGUUGUGACGUAAUUAUUGAAAGAGUGUAUUUGUGCUUGGGUUUUUGUAGAUGGGCGGAAGAUUAUAUACGAUUUUAGACCUGAGCAGGAGCAGCUGCGAAAAAUGCAAUUAAGAGGCAAUUUUUUUCAAUGUCACGUAUUUGCGAUGAAAAGUAUUCAAAAUUACUUUGUUUUAGCUUUAUUCUCUAGUUUAUAGAGUUAGCUACCUUUUUAAAUGCAUCAGCCGGUUGAGAAAAAUAAAAUAAUAGUUAAAAAUUGUCAAUUAAAGUACAAUUAUCAAUGAUGUUUUAAAAUUGACGCCAUAUUUAGAGCGAUAUAAGCAAAACUUACUGAACUUCAGACAUCAUUUUCUCUUUGGCGUAUCAUUUAAAAUCUCUUCAUUUUAGCAUUAUUUUACAGAUAAAGCACUAAAAAUACUUUUUAAGUUUGUUUGCCGAUUGAGAAACGUAUCGAAAAAUAAAAAUUUUGAAUUUAAUCAUAACCUCAAGUGAUAUAUUAUACGCAUUAGUUUUGAGCGCGUGUUACGUAACAUACAAAAAGAUCUCCUCUUAAUGUUUUGUUUGUUGUAAAUUCUUAGAUGGAGAAGAUCAUUCCUCAUCUCACUCGUAUUUGGCGCUCCAGUCAUGAUCUGUAUGAUCGUAUUCUCCUUGCUGAGUAGCAAUGGCAAGGAUCCUCAUGUUGAAAUCACGGCUGGAUUGUCGUUGGAGAACUUACUCUAUUUCUUACUGUGUACUCCUGUGCAGGUAUACUGGACUAUACAAUACUACGGCUGUACAAUUGUACUCGAAUCACUUGUUGAAAGAGAAUGUUUUCAAUAUCACAAAUUAGAAUAUAGUCGCUUCCAGAAAAUACGUCCCCUUGGCUAUAGAGACUGCGACGUUGGACUUUAACUAACGCCACGAAAACGAAGCUCUAUGGUCAAAGUGACAUACUUUACUGACAUGAAAAUCUUUAUAUAAAUACCUACGCGCCCCCCCCACCCCCCUCCCCGUGGAAAUUAGCUUUCUGCUGUAGGGGUUAGCGUGGUGAAAUAAAGUUUUACCUACCACCUACCUAGCUACUUUCCGGAAGGAGAGUAUUAGGAAGGUAUAUUUUAACUACACUAUGUUAAACGUUCAAAUAGCUUAAUAUAAAUUUAUAUGUUUUCAGUUUAUUGGUGGUCGAAAUUUCUACAAGUCAGCCUAUAAAGCUCUGAGACAUAAGGCGGCAAGCAUGGAUCUUCUUAUAAUGUUGGCAACAACCAUUGCAUACGUUUAUUCCGUAAGUGUAAAACAACGAAACCAAUUCUUCCCAAACUCUUGCCGACCUACACUGCAUGAACAUUGACGUUUCAAAUAUAUUCUCACAUUUGAAAUUUUGCAGGUCGCAGUGCUAUUUGUCGCGAUAGUGUUACAAUUUUCCAAAAGUCCAAGGACAUUCUUUGAAACUCCGCCGGCACUUCUGAUUUUUAUUGGUCUUGGUCGUUGGCUGGAACAUAUCGCUAAAGGCAAGACAUCGGAAGCGCUUAGUAAACUACUCUCUCUACAACCUAUGGAAGCUUUGCUGUGUAAAGUUGAUUCGACCACAGGAAAUAUUAUCGAUGAGACAUUGAUUGAUGUUGAACUCGUCCAACGAGGAGACGUACUGAAGGUGAGGAUGGAUGCACUGAUUGAUGCAGUGGGCGGAGACUUUCUCGUGGGGGGGGGCACCCACCUCUACCAAAAAUUGCUUAUGGGUUGUGCAUCCGACAUAGGCUUAAAAAAGAUCUUCUUGUUUCUUAGAUACUACCCGGGGGAAAAAUUCCGGUAGAUGCCCGCGUAUUGGAAGGGUCGUCUAUGGCGGAUGAGGCACUUAUCACCGGGGAACCAAUGCCGGUACCCAAACAUCCUGGGGACCGUGUGAUUGCAGGAUCUAUCAAUCAACAUGGAGCACUCAUUGUCGAAGCGACGCACGUUGGCAAGGACACUACAUUGUCACAGAUUGUGAAGUUGGUUGAAGAAGCUCAGACUUCCAAGGUACAUACUUUUUCGCAACCAAGAAGAUGCUGCUGCUUUCUCAUGACAUUUUUAACUUGCAUUGGGGCCAGUUGUUCAAAGCUGGGUUAGCCUAACCCUGGGUUAACGUAGCCUGCAUGGCAGGCGAUCCCUCAAAUCGGGCAAGCCUGGAGGGUUAACGUGAAAUUCAGAUCAAACAGCUUUUUUAUAAAUUUGGUGUUUUACCAGUAACAACUGACAAUCAAAUCACAAUUUUUUUCCAACAGGCACCGAUCCAGAAAUUGGCCGACACCAUUGCAGGAUAUUUUGUUCCCGUGAUAAUUUCAUUAUCUUGCCUUACGCUUAUUAUCUGGAUUAUAAUUGGCUACGUGGAUAUUGACAUCAUUUCUAACUCACGUGAUGUAAGUUGUUGACCUGGGGGAAAUGUAAUGUUGUAUUUCAGUAUACAAUUUAGAGGUAGAAAAAGUAUCAUAAAAUCUCAUGUUUCAGAAUGUAGGAAGUGGAGUUAUAGAGACAAUGCAUACAAAUAAUGUAUGUAUUGUUACUCCGAUUGUGCAUCCACACCGUGCAAGCUGAGCAGUUUGCCUGACCACGGUGGGAAUCGAACCCGCGACCUUUGGGAUACUAGUCCAAUGCUCUGCCAACUGAGCUACGAGGUCAAGUCGGUUCGAGUUGUUGAUAUUUCGGAACUGAGAACAGUUCCUUCGAUAUCAAUGUAUUCUAAGAUGACAAUGUAUUCUAAGACACCAUUUGUUCCAUCGAGAAUCGAGUAUUUUUCUCUUUCCCGAAAUUUCCUGAUCUGGCUACUCCCUCGUGGAAACUAACUUCAGUUUAUGAGGUUAACGGUUAAGGUUUUAUAUGCCUACCUACCUUCCCCGGUUGAUAUGCGUGGAGAACUUUAAUAUUCCUCUUCUGCUUUUUUCAGCCUGAGUUCAGCGACAAUGAAGUGAUCUUUCAGUUUGCUUUUUUAACCUCCAUCACAGUUCUCUCUAUCGCUUGUCCGUGUGCCCUGGGUCUAGCCACUCCCACCGCGGUCAUGGUAGGCACGGGCAUUGGUGCCCAAAAUGGAAUCCUGAUCAAAGGAGGGGAACCGUUGGAGACCUGUCAUAAGGUACGUUACAAACUUUAACAUAAGACUUUUUGGCCGACGAAGCAUCGUCCGAUCCUCAAUGUUAAAUGGUAUGCUUCCCACUUCCAUAUGUAACUAGGUUUCAAAAGGUUUCUGCAGCAUAUUCACUUUCAUUGGAGCCAUUCUAAAGAACCCCUUCUUCCGCCUCAGAUCUGGCUGGAUCCAUCUCUGUGUCAACAACUUUAGUAAAGAGGUCGCCUCCCUCUGUACCAUGAGUUACAUUCACAGCCAUAACCUGUACAUGGUAAUUUUUAGGUAUCGACGGUUGUGUUUGAUAAAACUGGUACUCUGACCCAUGGCCGACCUUCAGUGAUGAAAACAGCAUUAUUUGUGGAACCCGAUGUGUGUACUGUGCGCCAGCUGUUGGCUGUUGCGGGGACAGCGGAAGCAAACAGCGAACAUCCAAUUGCCUCUGCUAUUACAACGUACGCAAAGGAGGUAGGUGAUUCACGAGGGAUUUUUGAGUAUGAUACAAAAUCGUGUGCAUUUCUGUUGGGUUUUUUCUUUGCAUGGGCUGUGCACCUUUUAACUUGCAUUGAAGCACCACACUUCAAUAGUCAUUGUAGUAUUUAAAUGGUAUUUGUAUUUGAUAUUUGUCAAGGUUCUUGGAACAGAGCAGUUUGGUCAAUGCUCAGACUACCAAGCUGUACCGGGAUUUGGUCUCCAGUGUAAGAUCUCCGGGAUUGAAAAUCUUUUGAAAGAGAAAAGAAAGUUUACCGAUAGUGACGUCAUACCUACGUCAAGUGAUGGUUAGUCAAUUACGUCAUUAUUCUAGAAGUUAUUGUCGCAAGGAAAGUACUGCCUCAGCCUAGAUUUAAAGUUCGCAUGCGUAUUAUGUCUUCAUAAUAACUUAUCCAAACCGAGUAACUAAGUUGCAACGAUGUUCUUUUUCAACCAAGAAUUGUAAAAUUUUUCGCUUCAAAAUUUGCGAAAUGAUAGUUCCACUAGUAAGAUGUUUAAACAUGAAAAAAAUUCUGCAAUUUUUGAGCUCAAAAAGGUGUCCUGUAACCUUAAGCUUUAGUUUUAAGUGAAAAGCUUUUGAGGAAAUGAUAUCUGCAUUGUAGAAAACCAAACAACACAAGUGUAUUCAACACUGAUCGGAAAUCGUAACUGGAUGGCGCAGAAUGGAUUGACUGUCUCCAAAGAUAUGGACGAGACGAUGGAGGAGCAUGAGUACAAAGGACAUACCGCUGUCCUUAUUGCUAUCAAUGGUGAGUACUGCUGGCUCAAAUGGUAUAGUGAGAAUCAUUUUCUCAACGGAUUAUUAACAAUGAUUCAAUAAUGUGUAGGUGUUCUGGUUGGCAUGAUAGCUGUUGCAGAUACGAUCAAGAAAGACGCACCUACUGCAGUUUCAACGUUACAAAAGAUGGGAAUUAAGGUCGUCUUGUUGACUGGGGACAAUGAGAAGACUGCCUGGGCCAUUGCAAAACAGGUGAGCUGAGCUCUGAAUUGCGAUUUUAGAAAUUGCGCAGACCUCGAUCACUUUCGAUAAUAGAAUAGAACUACAAUUAAUAGAACCCGUUUCGCUGUGGGUUUUUCAGUGGGUUCUUCGACUUAAUUAGCCUUUCUCGCGAAGGCCAAAAUCCGCCAUUUUUUGGAUACUGUCUGCCUUCAUGAAAGAUUCUAGACAAUUCAAACAACGUAAAAAGCGACUUUUAAAAGUUGUAACUGUAUAAAAAAUUACCAUUAUACAAACAACUAUAAUAAUAAAAAGUCGCAUUUCGUGGUGCGGAGACUCUCAAAUGUGGGAGAGACAGUACCCCCAAAAUGGCGGGAAAAUCGUCCGUGAGAAAUGCUAAUUGCCAACAGCAAUAUCUUGGCUUACGUUAAUACUCUUUGAGUAUAUAUAUUCUUGUGUCGCCUAUAGCUUGGAAUCAAGCAUGUUUUUGCUCAAGUGUUACCUUCAGACAAGGUAGACAAAGUGAAAUCACUUCAAACUGAUGGUGAUACGGUUGCCAUGGUAGGCGAUGGCGUCAAUGACUCGCCUGCUCUGGUCGCGGCAGAUGUUGGCAUCGCAAUAGGGACUGGGACCGACGUGGCUGUUGAGGCUGCUGAUGUUGUUCUUAUUAAGGUAAGGGUAACAAUAGGAUAAACAGACAUACAGGUUUCCUCAAGUUUAUUGUAUUGUAUCGAAGUGCAGGGCUUUCCGAAUUAUUAGUUUCCUACUUUCCGAGUAGGUGGCUGUGUUGAUAAAGUAGGCAGCUGUGGGGACGGAGCGGUCUAGGGAGUCUUAAAGUCAUCCAAAUCAACUAUUGUAUCGAAGUCAACUAUUAAUGUCGAUAGUGUUAGUUCUAGCUUGUUAGUUCUCAGAGUAUAAGGUAGGGAUGUGCUGGACAGAGAUUUUUUCCAUGUGUAUUGUGUCUGUGUUGAUAAAGUAGGCGGCUGUGGGGAGCUGUCUGGGAAGUCUUAAAGUCAUCCAAAUUAACUGGUGUAUAUUGAUUAGAUGGCAACACAACUGAGCUCUGGAACCAAAUUAUAAUGUAUCACUACUUUCAUUUUUCGACAAGAUAACUUUUAUCUAAAUUAAUGAUGGUAAAUAACUAAACCACUGUUUUACGAAACAGUACGUCGUUUUCCAAAAUAACCAGGCUAUAAAGUAAAGCAGGUUGAGGAAGAGUAACUUUGUUUGAAAGCUUAGAGUGGAGGAAGGAGAGCAGAAUUGAUAUCAAGCACUAAACAAAGUGACCGCGGUAAACCUCGUGACAACUCGCCGGCUUAUUUAGAAAGUCCUGGGGAUGUAUCGUAUCGUAUUUUAUGGUGAAACCCGGUGAAAACAUAACCUCUUGGUGGAGGUCAGUUAAUUGAAAAGAUAAAUGUCAUCUUUCUUGCAGAGUGAUUUGAUGGAUGUGGUGACGUCAAUCGACUUGUCACGUGUUACAGUACGUCGUGUAAGAAUGAACUUUGUGUACGCCUCAGUUUAUAACUGUGUAGGGGUACCUAUCGCUGCAGGAGCAUUUCAUACACUUGGAGUUACCUUACAGCCUUGGAUGGCGUCCGGUGCAAUGGCCGCUUCUUCAGUCUCGGUUGUACUUUCGUCUCUUUUAUUAAAACUGUAAGUUUACCCGAAAAAUUUGUAUAGGUAAUAUAGGAUCGUUUCAAGUGCAAUUUGGGGAAAAACAUGCAGAAGUGAAUUUUUCAAAGACGAUCAAAAUUGCACGAGUCGAAAGGAUGAGUGUAUGUACUCCUAAAUUGGUCGAUACACCAUACUACUAUUUAUAAUAUAACCAGUUUUUUGUAUGCUUUCCCCAUGUGGCUAUAAAUUAUGCCUACUUUCGGCAUAUUUUAUAGCCACGGAAUAUAAGAUGAAAUGUUCUCGAGUGAACGCUUCCAAGCCCAAGACGUCUGUUGCAAGAAGCCGGUACUGAUUUUCUUUGAAUUCCUUAUUGCCAGGUACAAAAAGCCUACAGGAUGCCCUGUAUCUUCGCGUCAGAAAUCCUCGAAGAAAUCAUAUUCUCUCGUUUACCAAAAUGAAUCGGGCGCGGUGCCUCGUGGAGGAAUUGAGCUCAAGAACGUCAAAGUAUAAUCUGUAAAGUUUUGAUAUUGUACAGAAUGAAUGUUGAGAUUAUUGUUGAAGGUCUUGCAAGAUUGAGCUCGUGCGAGUUACUUUUUUAGGAUUCUAUAAGGUAGGGGUGCACUGGACAGAGAUUUUUCCAUGGGAAUAUGAUAAACACCUAGAAAGAAACCCCGAAUCUCAUUUAAACAAUAUUCGAUAUGAAAUUUCUAAUAUGAUAUACGCUGUAUCCCUACUACAAGGUAUUAUAGGAGAAUGUAUGACCUAUCCAAGCUAGAACUAACACUAUCGACAUUAAUAUACAUUCAUUAAUUAUGUAAAUAAUAACUUAUAGCCGUUUAUAUCAAAUUCGGGUGUAUAUAUAGAAGUGAGCCUGGGCUGGACGUUGAGACGCGGGCAGCGAGAAUUAGGGGAGGCGAUUUCAACCCCAACAUUUGAUGUGAUUUAUAUUAAAAACACUAAUAUGGUAAAUAUAGUAAAAAUAUCAUAAAUAAACAAUAUUGACAAUUAACAUAUGAAACUUAAUUUCUUUGAGAAAAAAGGAGGUAUAGUCAUAGUUGGAUUACAUAGCCUGCGUCGCAUACUUCAAACUCACAUUACAUUAAACAUUGCAAAAUAUAAAAUAAGUCGUAUAUUAAUAGAGAGGUUCAGGCACAAAAUAAAGAUCAGUACCAGAAGGGCCACUCAGCGGUGCAACGUGUCACCAUUUUUCUAUGCAAAAAUAUGCAGUUGACUGGCCAGAAGGCGGGGCCUCGACUGGCUAGGAAGAUGGCGACCAGGGUCCCUUCUGUGUCUGACUCGUCCCCAGUCGUCUCUGUGAGCAAGUGCGAAUUGGAAAGCGCGCGCAGGGUUCGCGCGUCCUCACAGAGACGACUGGGGACGAGUCAGCUUCUGUGUGCCUUAUUCUGUGGUUCAGGUAUGACUUCCUAGUGGCCAUGCAUGAAUUACCUCUCACUGUUUUUUUUUUGUUUUUUUUUUUACAAACUUAGUCAUAAAUGACAGGUUAACCCUACAGAGCUUAAUGCUCCAUUUACAGAGUCUCUAAUAAUAUGUAAAUAUGUAUAUAUAAAAAAAAAACACAAAAAAAA